CUACCUUUAUGAUUGACAGGUUGCUACCAGGGUGUUGUCAGGUCUGGGAGUUGUCGAAAUGCUCAACUCAAGGCUUCAAAACCGUAGUCCACAAACCAGUGGGUGACACGGUCUUCACCCACUUGUUCAACACAGUCUAUGGAUAUGACAUUUUGUGCUGCCUUGUAACUCUCACAGUAGCUUAUUAUGACAUCUUUAUUUAUGUUUUCAAAUUACAAACAGGGGUAUGGUUGGAAUAGUUUUAUACUCUGCUAUAAUAUCUUCAUUUAAUAAGACUUAAGGGUGGUUAAGUAUCGUAUUGUGGGCGUGGACACAGCCCAAAAUUGUGGGCCAUGUACCGCCAGAGAUGAUAAGCCUAUCAAUAUACUUUACGAUAUGUUAUUAAACAUUACUCUUUGACAAAAUUUACAAAGGUACUAUUUAUUACAGGACUUUUGUUUUGUCAUUAUGUACUUUACAUUAGACUCGCAUCCCACACAUUCCCCUUCUGUGACUCAGUGUUUAGCAGUAGGGACAACACCAGCUCAUUUGAUUGGAUGGCAGAAUAUCAUUUUGUAUUCAUUUAUUUACUAGAAGCAUUCGCACUGCAGUUGCGUUAGUUUGUUUUGAAAUUGUUACACUAUUAUCAGAUAUGACAGAGGUUGGCAUCAAUCACAGCCAUUCACAUUUCCUCUCUUCGAAUCCUCUUUCAAGGCAAUGCUCUCCUGUUUACAACAGACUGGUUUGUAACGGGAAUUCAAGACUGGCUUCUCAAUAGGAACAUUUUGUUUUUGUGAACAUUUUGUGUCCUCAGGGUUGUGUGAACUACUGUACGUGAGCUGUUGCUUGUUCCGCUGGACAUCUGCUCAAGUAUUCUGAAGAUUAGCAAUGUGGCUGUUUUGCAUCCUGCUGUCUGGGGCACAAAAAUCACAGACAUGUGUAAAUAGUAAGUUGUUUUCUGUCCUUUGACAUUUGUGUGACUUCAUACUGCAAAUUAAAAAGACAAAAUAACAUCUUAAAUGUUACCCCCUCAAAUUAAAGGCUGCAGAUGAAAGGCCUACCUGUACUGCCACCCAUCGAGAUUUGAUCAAACCAGUAAUCCCUGACGCCCAAAUGAACAUGAUCCGCUCUGCUUUAGAUGCUAAGUGGCCACUUCAUCUGUGACAUGCUGUCUUGAAACCCGGCUCUUCCUUUCAUCAGUGAUGAAUCAAGUCAGGGGCGAGGUCAGUGAUACGUGAUGCACCCACUUGUUACUAAACAUGUCUGGAAGUCAUUACAUCUCAUCCAUACAGCUCCUUUGUAAGAGUACGUGCCCCUUUUGUUCCACGUACGAUGAAUCUGGGAAGGAUGAUGGAUUGGAAGAGAAGAAUCUUGUGUAAGUUACUUUAAAUAUAAUAGUGAAUGAAAGGAACCCUCAUUUCCAAAAAUGCAAAUGCUCUAUGCAUGCACAAACCUUUAGUAGGCUGCUAAAUAAAAGCCACAAUAAGAAGAUCAUCAACACCAGGGUGUUUCUUCAGUAAAUACUAAAUUCAAGUUUGUGGCAGAAACAUGUGUCGUUGUCGUUCUCUAUAUCAACCUGCCAACACACUUCCCCUGUACUGCAAAAUGCUCCGUUUUAAUGAUUCAUUCAAUGCACGUAAAAUACAUUGGAUGUAGUUAUUUCAGAGCGUCUGGAGCCACACAUGCUGCGUUUUCUCUGGCCAGUCUGUACCAUCAGCGGAAUAUAGGCUCCCGUCUCAUGGGUCAUCUGCUUUUCAAUUUACUCUGAUUUGUAUUCAUGUCAUGCUAUUGCAAGCUGAACAUGUGUUGAAAUCCUACACACUUCUGCACCUUUUUUGCCGGUUGACUGCCUCUGUCAAGUUGUUGGAGUGGUGCAAUCAUCCACUCAUGGAGGCUCUUCAUAUCUGAUCCUACGGAGGCUUUUAUAAACUUGUACUAUGAGUGUGUUUUUAGCCAUCCCAGCGGUGUGGUUUUAGGCACGGCAAUGUCUGUCCUACACUGUGGUCCAGAUUGAAAUAUCUGUACAACUACUCAUUGUCCCCAGAGGAUGAGUCCUACCAAUGUUUGUGAACCUCUUGACAAUUAUUGGAUGGAUUACCAUGAAAUUUGGCAGAUAUUUAACCAACCUAGAAGAUAAAUUCUAAUGACUGACAUCUAGCGCCACCAAUAGGUCAGAGUUUGAAUUUGUCCACACCUUUGGUUUAUAGUCAAAUACCUGCAACACUAAUGACAUUCCCAUCAGCCGCCAUUUUGCACCCGACGCCUCACGUUACCGUAGUUUUGGAAAGGGAGGACUGAGCAGAGGGGUAUUCAGACGGAUGCAAUCUGCAACCUCACCGCUAGAUUCCACCAAAGCCUACACAUUGUCCUUUAAAUGCAGCCUCACUAAGCCGCUCGCGUGGUUCAUUUUUCUCCGACUUGCUCAGCUGAACAUGGAUGUCCUUGUAUGACCCCGAAAAGUGAUGAUAGGUAGCAGGAAGUACUCGUGUGUCUUCAAAGGUUUCCAUGUAAGAAGAACAAACCGAGGACAGAUCGUUUUUAUUUUCGUCCACAUGUACGCAUGUGCUUUUGAUGAAGACGCGUGAAGAGAAUGUAAGCAUGAAUCUGAGAAUCUGAGACCAAUACACAGAGAGAGAAUCUAAUAGGUUGAUCAGUGACACAUGUUUAUAUACCCAAUGAAGGGCUGCAAGCAGAUCCUUUUGCUAAGCUAUACUUCUGAGCUCACACGUCGCCUCGGAACUCAGGGACAGGACACACAGUUUGACGAGUUUGACGCUCCAAAGAGCAGGUGACAGUUUAACCUUCUGAUGUCAAAAAACGAGGGCUUGGUGUGGAUGUUUGACAGGUGGGAUCUUUUCGUCUUGUCUUUACAUUUGACAUGUUUUGAUAUUUUUUUGGAAAAGAAAACAUAGGGGAUAAAUAAGUUACAUUUCCCCAAGAUUAGAGCCAGUUUAUAUGCAUCUAUGUCACUGUUAUGUUAAGACCGUUGCAUUGGUUUCCCAAUUUCCUGUCGCGUUGUUUUUAUUUGCACAAAAGCAAAGCAUUUCAUGUUUGUAUAAGAAGAGUGGAGUAUUUGCUGUGGUCUACUAACUGCACAAUAGGCCAAACAACAGGCAGUUUGGGGAUUUUUCUAGUGAUUCAAAUGAUGGGGGGGCGGGGGUUGUGAAAGCACAAGUAUGUAACUACUUUGUUUCCCACCUGAUUUUGGAUUCAUCUGUAAAAUCCUGAUGCAUGGACACCUGGUGAACACCUCAUAUGUCCUUAGGGGUCUCAGGCUAUGUGGUUUUUAAAGUGUUGAAAUGGAUAUCUCAGUUUCUUCUAUUUGUAGGAAUGCAUUCACAUCUCAGAAUGAGUACUAUUUUAAGAGGUAGCAAUGCUUUUCGAUUCAGGACAAUGAACCAGAGUAUUGCGUUGAAUAACUGGCACUUUCUCCAUAUUGUUGUUACAAAAUGAGUUUCUUCAGCCAAGCAUGUAGGGAUGCUACAGACAAAAAAACCAGAUAUAGCACGGCAAAUUGCACCUUUUAAUGCGCAAGCUAGAUAGGUGUGGUGUUGUGUUGAGGGGAAUAGAAAUAAAACCCAAAAUCUGCCUGAAACCUUUUUUCCAUUUUGCCGAGGGGGGUUGAGGACUUCUUCAGGCCAUGCUCAGUUACCCAGGAUGGUUAUAAAUGGUCGAACAAUUUAACUCGCUUAAUAAAACAAGCACAUUUUAUUGCAUGUUGUUGAAAGCUUCACUGAGCAAUUUUGCACACUUUAGGCUGCAAAUGACAGUCCAUGCCGCUUUUCAGAAACCUGACCUUGAAAAGUGAAAGAAAAAUAUAUAUAAUCAUUUCAUUUUUCUGCACAUUGCUCACUCAUACAUCUUUGUUUCCACAAAAGCCCUCCAAGGACAGCUUUAGAUUUUGGCUAGUUGAGUUAAACUCAAAAGGACACAAUACAUUUUUUUUAAAAAUAUAUUUCAAUUGAAACAAAACUAUUGUUAGCAAAAUCAGUAUUUAUUCAAUUUUGCCGGCCAUGUUAACAGCUUAGAGAGGACACACAGCCGCGCAUGGCUGCGGCUCAUCUAGAGAUUCUCAGCAAUUUCUUUUCUGUGUGACGCUCACUGUUCACUGCAGACGGAUAGAAAAUUAUCUUUUUGCUAAUCAUAUUGACAUUGUACCAUGAACAUUACACCUUCCACUACAGUUUCAAUGUUUGAUAAAUAUGUUUAUAAUAUUUAAUUGGAAGCUUUCAAGUGUUGUUACCUAGCUAGGAGAAAUGUUUGCUAUCCCAUGUGACGGACAAAACUGACCCCAACGAGGCUAACUUACCUAGCUAGCAGCUAACGGACUAAGUGUGAGCAGUGUGGUGGAACGUUUGUUUUAAUUUCGAUGUUGCUUACUCAUGGACAUAACAUUGCAGACAUUUUGACAUGUCGUAGUAGGAAAAACACUUUUCUAAUUAAAAAUAUUUCAGUGCCUCAGUAAGUUAUGCUAGUUAGCAAGGAUGUGUAAUAGCAGGGCCUGUGACUAUAUGGAAUGCAGGCAUCGUUAAUGUUGUUAAUUACAACGGUGCUUCCUGCUAUAGAAUGUCAAAAUGCUUUAUAUUUCCGCCUUUAAGGGGACAAAACGCAAUUUCUGUGUGAACAAACUGAAAUGCAUGUGGAGAUAAGCUACACAAAUUCUGACAGCUCUUGUCUUCAGCUCUUGUUUAAUCAAAGAGACAGAAUUCUGUGUAUGCACAGAACUCUGGAUAACAUGCUAUUUUAGGACUUCCAUACUAUGCAAUAAACUCCCUAGAAAGGAAUUGAUAUGUUACUCAUUUCUAAGCUCAUUACAUCUAACUACGGUUGAAAUAAUUAGUUGAUACAAAAAAAAUGUGCUACUAUAUUGAUAAAGUGUAAUUCCAUGUCAUUGAAUGUCAAGUAGAUUUUUGUAAAUCUCCAACAAACCUGACCAUCUUUUUGUAAAUUAAGAUUUAACAGACAUCUCCCAGCUGCCACAUGGCUGAAUGUACCCAUAACCCGAAAAAACUGACACGUCUUUGUUUUCAUAAAUGAACUUUUCGUAUUAACUUGUAUCACCCAGACAUAAGUCCAACCCCCGAAGCAUGGACACCUGAACACCUGACACAUCUCUAGGGGUCUCAUGCCUGUCUCAAAAGGGAAUGGUAUUUGAGAAGCUGUAAUAUAUUGUGUUGUAUACGUUGCAGCCUUUUCAAUUGUUUACAGACUAUGUUGUUGAUUGCUGAUUGUACGAAAUGCAGAAGUGGAUACAUUCAAAUCUCAGAAUGAGUGCUAUUUUGAGAGGUAGUGAUGCAUUUAGAUUCGGGGCAACGAACCAGAGUAUUGUAUUCCAGCAGCCUCUUAAAGACAGUAAUGUCAGCACGGGUUUGCCGGUGAUCCAGCUGGUCUCAGAGGGUUAAGCCAUUUGCACAAUGAUCAAACUCUGCUUCUCAAUUGUGAGGAUUUUCUGCUUUGCUUUGCCGUAUGUGAUGGAAAUCUGAAUGUUUGGGUUUGGACGUACUGUGUAAAUCCAUGAAAAAUUCCAUUGCAUGAUAAAUAAAAGCCAGAGUCACACGUCCCUGUAGGGCGAUGGUGUUGCUGGCAGGACUGUUGUGCACACAGGAGGUUCUUGUUCUCGCAGUCCUGGCCCACGAACUGCUUGGCAUCUGCUGAAAUGGGGCAGUCUGCUUGACCUGUGAACCUCUUCCCUCCCUCUCUCUUCGUCGUCUCUCCAAGCGCCACUGGGGGGCGGUAACAGGGGACCUCUCUUCCCCUGCCCACUGAGCCUGUUUGACACACGCAUUCACAUAUUUUGAGAGAUCCCGUUUUACAUGCAAAUGAGACGGCCCCAGAGCCUGCAUGCUGAAUGGGCUUAUACUCGGCUCACUCUGAGAGCAGUUUUCAGGGUUCAGGAUUGGGCCUGCAAGUGGGACAGAGUGAACUGUGUGAAUGUACUCAUUGUGGGUGUGAUGACACUGAAGCGUAGGUGAGAUUUUGAGAUCUGCAUUAUACUUUUCGGAGAGGAGGUCAUGCAGGUUGACACUAGUUUCUGCCUGAACUGUGUGAAAGUUCUGGAUGGAGAGAUUUUACAGCCGUGUUUCCACGAGUAUUGUUCUUUUAGACACUGUACUCAUGUUACAUUUUUCUGACUGACUGAAGCUCUCAGCUGCUGGUCCAGGUUCUGACUGCUACAGCUCAUAUUGAAUGACAUCUUGUUAUUGUCUCAAUGCAGCAGACAGAGUAAUGCUGUGUUGUGUAACUCUUCAAGCUGCAGUUAGUAACCUAAAUGAAUACCAUUUCUUAUCGUAUUUGCUCAAACUGUCACUCUGCCUCUAUGUAGUGCUCCUAAUGUCAUUUGCAAGAUUCUACUGCGCCCGAAGAAAACCAACCAAUCAGAGUCAAGGAGCCUCUAACGCGGUGUCAAUCACUGCUUGUGAAGCUUGUGAACUCUGUCAAACUAGGAAACCCCUUGAAUGUUUUCAGAAACAUAGAGUACUGAACGGUUUAGUUGGAAAGUGAGAACGUUUGCUCCGGUCAGUGAGCGGAUUUAGCUCUAUUAUUUUUCAACAUGGCGGCCACAAACUUUCUCAUUUUACAGCAAAACGGUAAACUAAAAUAUGAUUCUGAAAACAGUAAUUGUUGCUUUUUUGUCUCAUGUACUACUGUCAAGUUAUAGUGAUAAUUUGAGCAAAUAUGACUUAUCUGUAUUAAAGCCACUGACUAGCUUUGACAUAUUUCCUGCAUUGGCUUAUUAGGUUUCUUCUCAAGAAGAUGUAGUUGUAAACAACGUGACAGACAGACAGACUGCUGCUGUCUGUGUUUGAGUUCGUGGGGACUGACGGUACUGUAAGCAUGACAUUGGCUCCUUUGGGAGGCGGGCCUGUCUAAUUGUAAAUCAGAGGUACUUUCCAUCAUGACCUUGAAGCCUGAGAAGAGAUUAUAAAUACAGGAGUGCGUGCGGUGUUAUUAUUAUCAUUAACUUUGUAAUAUUUCUCAUACAGUUUCCAUGCUAAUCAUGUACCAAGCACAGAUCGUUCCUUCCCAAGUAAUAAGUUCAUGCGAACAAAUGUUUAUUCCCUCUGUUCAAAGGCAAAUCCAUGUGUGUAUUUCUCAUGACUAAUUCAUAUAAUGUUCAUGUAAGUGGAUGUAUGGUGAAAAAAGAUGUUUCCAUUAACCUCUUGUUUCACAGCCAAACUGUGAUAAUAGGCUCGUUCGAGAUGAGCCAGUCCUGCGCAGAAUCAAUCGGCGCACAAUGCAUGCCGGUUAGAUUUGUGUCGGACUUGAAUCCCGACUCCCGACACGUCGGCAACGAUAACCUCACGAGAUCGAGGCGGCCGCAGCUUUUAGAGCCAGACGCUGCAGUUGCUCUCCACCGACUGCAUGACCCAAAGCCUGAUGGGAAACGCUCUGGCUGUCGCCUGAUCAAAGAGCUGAUUGGCCCUUAGAUUUGACAGCAAACACCACGUUUUGUAGAAAAUCCUAUUUUUCUGCGAGGCGCAGUUCAUCUCUAACGAGCCUACUAACUGCUAUUCACAAUCAAACAACACAACUGGUGUCAUUUAAGACGCAGCACCGUUGAGUUUUGCACAAUAGUUCCCCUGUCAAACCCAGUUUCCACUGCUGACUGAGGUUUGUUCCAAUGAUUGCGUUUGUGGCACAGUCGGGCUGUCGUUAGCGUCACAGUCCUAGUGUAGUCCUGACUGAAGGAUGUGGUCGAGGCGUGAUACACAAGCUUGUUAGUGUGAGCUUUUUUCAACAACUUCCCUGUCCCUCAAGGGUAAUCAGUGCGCCGUGAUAAUCCCUUAACUUAAGAUUUGUCUUCUCCUGACUCAAGAUAACUGGUAAUGUCCUGUGAAACCAAUAGCAGUUCUCAUCGCUGUGUGCAUACAUGUUGCCAUCUACUACUACUGCCUAGGCUCACUUUUUAAUAUGGAUGCAAAUUCCUUUUAGCUGCUUAGUAUGCCCAGUGCAUUCAUAGUUAUGUGAAUUAUAGGUCCGUGUCAUCAUACAAACAAGUCAAGAUGUAUUGAACUCUGAGGCAUCAUCAGCUCAAGUCAAUGCUGUCGCAGGCGAACCAGAGAGAGCCCCACUGCUGCUGCUUCCAACCACAUCUGAGCCGACUUUUGACCCCCCCCCCUCAGCUUGAGGCGCAGACAGUCUCUCCUCUCAAUUCUCCUCCACCCCGUAAAGAAUUCAAGAAGUGCAACAUGGCAAGGGGCUGCCUCUGCUGCUUGAAGUAUAUGAUGUUCAUCUUCAAUCUCAUCUUCUGGUUAUGCGGCUGUGGGCUGCUCGGCGUGGGCAUCUGGCUGUCCGUGUCGCAGGGCAGCUUCGCCACCUUCUCGCCCUCGUUCCCCUCGCUGUCGGCUGCCAACAUGGUCAUCGCCGUCGGCGCCAUCGUCAUGGUAACGGGCUUUCUCGGCUGCCUGGGUGCCAUCAAGGAGAACAAGUGCCUGCUUCUGAGCUUCUUCAUUGUCCUGCUGAUAAUUCUCCUGGCAGAGCUGAUAUUGCUCAUCCUGUUCUUCGUGUACUCCGAUAAGGUGAGUGAGAACGCCAAGCAGGAUCUGAAGGAUGGGCUGGCUCUCUACAACUCGGAGAACAACAUAGGCCUACGAAAUGCCUGGAACAUCAUCCAGGCAGAGUGGAAGUGCUGCGGUGUGAUAGCAUACACCGACUGGCACGAGGCCCUGAAGGAGAAGGUAGUACCUGACCGCUGCUGCCAGGAGCAUUACCAGAACUGUGGGCAUAACUCCACGAACAUGUUCUGGAACAGGGGCUGCUUCGAGAAAGUGGAGGAAUGGCUGGAUGACAACAAGCACCUGCUGGGAACCAUAGGCAUGGUCAUCUUGGUGGUGCAGCUCCUGGGCAUGGCGUUCUCCAUGACGCUGUUCCACCACAUCCAUAGAACAGGGAAGAAGUACGAUGCUUAGCCUUGGAGGGAGGCUCCCAAUGGAGAGGAGACUCUGAUUUAAACAGCUUCCCCGCCCGCCUUCACUUUACAACCUUCUUUGCCCCCCCCCACCCCCACUUCCCAGACCUUCUGUACAGAUCCCAGCUGUCUCCCCGCUCCAUUCUGCUCUCUCCUCUCGCUCCAUUCAUUUUGCCAAAGAGUAACACAAGUGGAGGAGAAGGGACACCUAUUUUCGGCAAGGAAGAGAAUCCCAUUGGUUGUCACUCCUCUUGAGUACAUUUCUAUUACAUAUUCUACUUUUUUUUUUUUCUUGCUUGGACUAAAAAUUAGCUGGAAAGGAAGCAAGGACAGACUUUAAGACAAUGAAGACUUUACUAAUGCCCACACACCCUUCUCUGAGGCAAAGAGAACAUAUACAACUGAUAAUACCCUUCAACAUUUGUGGAGUUUCUUUUUCCCUCAUGUUGAUUAAAGUCGAGCCUCCUUUUCACUUGGAAAGAGUUUCAACAUGGCAUGGUAGUUUUCUACUUUACUGAUUUACCUUUGUCGUUGAAAUGUCAAACGUCUUCAUUUUGGGUUUUUUUGUAAGUCGUCGACGCUCCUGUGAUGUGUAAGUGUUGAACAGAUCAGUGCAAUGAGCUCUCAGAUGGAUUUGACGUGAUGUUGCUGUGGAGCAACACGGACAUGUGGGGAUGCUGUUUAAUGUAAUACAUGAUUCAUUUUUUUUUUCUUCUUUUGGCUAUAGAUGUUUUGGUAAAACGAGCGUGAUGGAGGAAUGUCAUGUUGGUGUGAGAAAUCAUCGGAGGAUUUAUUUUGCACCAAAUUCUGCAGUAUUCUCUGAACAAUAACUUGUCAUGCGCAAAUCUACUAGUGAACACAGACACACACACACACUUUAUACUGCAACACAUCAGCAGUAUUCCCAUUCCCUAUGAGACAACACAAAUGGUGUAAAAUUGCUGUUUAUUAGGGCUCCACCAGGACUGUCAAGUGAAGAGAUCUGGGUGAUUCAGUUCCCCCUUCGAGAAUACAGACUCAAAUGUGUGUGUGUGUGUUUGUGUUUGUGUGUGUGUGUGUGUGUGUGUGAGACUUUGUGGGGGGGUUUUAUCACAUUGUCCAAGCUGCAGGGGGGGAAAAAACACGGUGUAAAGCAAGGGCACGAGAGGCGAAAGCAGAUCAGACAUGAUGUCUCCCUGCUACAUUCAAUUGUGUUUGCGGAGGCGGCUAGAGACCUUCUCUUCUAUAUUCUUGAGAUCUCAUCAAUUUGCUCUGCCCUUCUCACUCUUCCUCUCUCUGGCUGUCAACUCCUUCCUCUUUCCAUGUUUCUUUUUUUUCGCCCCAAUUUUCUUACCACGUGUCAGAAAGCAAUGAGCUCCAUGCUCAAUACGUACCCACAAUAGCUGACAUUCCUGCUCAUCACACAGAUACUCUGGUUUGCAACUUCAGAGAUUUUACAUAAGCUUACUUUUCUUGCAGCCACGGUGGAGGGGGGGUGGUGAGUGUAGGAGGAUCAAAGCUGAGACAGAUAGGUAUGGCAACAAAGCCUAUAGGACAUGUCUGUUGAUGCCUGUUUACCACUGAUUCACUAAAGGAAUAUGUGCUUGCUGUCUUAAGACUGAAAAUACUCUGUAUCUGGUGUGGCCACCAGAUACAGAGUAUUGGUGGUGUAAAAAAACAGCUUAUUGUUAAAGACUUACUUCAGUUCAGGCCAUCAUUUGGUUGCGAUUGGUCAUCAGCUGUGACAGUAAACUCAAGUGCAUUACAACAUUUCAACAACGAGGCAAGAAACAAGCAGUCAGACGAUCCAACAGGUUGUGAACAGGCCAAUAGUUUAACCACAUUAGCUACCAUCUUGUUCAGAAAACACAAAGGUAAACCGAAAAGUCCAUCUGUAAACUCUGAUGGACAGUUUGAAUAAUAAUUUCACUGUUCACCUCAGUGAACAGUGAAAUCUAAUGUGGGAGUUUGUUCAAAAACCUAUACGAUCAUCUGACUGCUCAUGUUCCUAUAGGCUGAUAAUCAGAUGAAAUAUUGGCCCUUUUCACAGAAAAGAUUUUGACUUGUCGCCGUAGGAAAUAGCUCGGGUCUAAGUAAUGAAAUUUAUGAUGGCUGAAUUCCAUUUAGCUGCUUUGAUUUCAGGUUCCUGGUACUGCUUGUGCUCGCUCACUGGAACACUUAAUACGAACAGACCCAUCGUUAGUAGUGUGCUUUUCCUUCUAUGAAAAGUCCAAAUGUCUCCUGUGAGAAAGGCCUUUUGCCAUGUUGCUUUACCAUUUCAAUAGUCAUCAUGACACUGUGUUCAUAUUAGCCGUUCUCCAUUGGGGAGGGAGGGCUGACUUUCCUCUCUGAUGUGACAAAGUCAUUUCCACAUGAACGCGGUUGCGAGGAGCUGCUCCCGUCUUUCGCCACGGUCGACAGAUGCUGAUACAAAAGCCCUGCACGGCCACACAGGUGUUUUCAAUUACCUUGGCUGAUUAGAUCCAUCCAUUGUGGGAAAUUGGAGGCCAUUGUGUGGGUCAUGAAUUCCACACUCUGAAUUUGGAUACUGAAAGUGUGGGACUGUAAAAAAAACAGAAAAUGCACUGUAUAGUUUGGGGAGUGAUUUCGGACACAGGCUGUUCUUCUCACUAUGGCACAGGAAGACGUCCCCAUUGCUCUCAUUGGCUCAUUUGCUCCUCCCAACAACCAAAAAAACACUCGUCAAUGAGCACAAGACGUUUUGUCAAUUGUUAGAAAAAGUCUGAGAUGUGGGCAGCAAUCCAAGAGGCCAGCCUACAUGCUUCUUUCCCCAUCCGACUUCUUUUUAGAGGCCACAUUUCCAGGUCUCUGCAAAGAACUUACAGUGCCAUUACCGAUAAGAGUGAUGGCCAAAACUACCACAGUAAGGCCCAAGUCGUAAUAUACUAGAAUUAUCAGGAGUACAGAAAUCAUUGGGACCAGAAAUUUCUGUGCUCUAAAUUGUAUCCAAGGUAAUUGUUGACAGGAGAGUUAGUUGCUUUGGAUGAAGCCUUGGAACUCAGACACUGCGCAUUGCCGCUACAUGGGCUAACAAGUGACACGGCAUGACCCACCAAGAUUCACCCAUUAGACAUUCUUCCAGUCUGUCAGCCUGUAUGCCUCCGAGUAUCACCUGAAGUAAUUCUUAACAGGUUGAUUUUUUGAUAAUGACUUAAUCUGAGAGACACGUUUUUAGGAAGAGGUCCGUGCUUCAGGAAGCAGCAGAUCUGGGUUGUUAUGUGCACCGACCCUCCUGGCUGUGAUUCACUGCCUGUCCCCAUAUGCUCAGACUCUUCUUGUUGUGUCCACGGGGGGAACAUGACAGCUGCUGAUGUACAGCGCAGGCACGAGUGGUCACAUCUCGUCUGCUUGGCUGCCUCCACAAACCCCUCCGCACGUCUCUUAUUUACUGCCUGGCUCUGCAGCGCUACAUAUACAGUAGCUGGCAGCACUGCCACUGUGGAAAUACAGCUGUGCUCUUAAGACAACUGGAACCAGCUUUGAAGUAUAUCCUGAACACGGGCAUGGUAACUAAUAGCUGCCUCUACUUCUGUAAAUCAGUACUGCAUUGCAGCGCUAACUGCAGGCAAGUUCAGAAAAUAAACAAAAAUGUUGUCAUGGUGCUUCAUCUCGCACCGGGCGGAGAAGUGUUUAAGCUCGGAUGUCACAGAAAAUGUGGAAUAAAGCAAAUCCAGUGUCUGUCUCACAACCUAACGUCAUGCUUCAGAAAGCCAGCUUGCAAACUCUUUGCCCCUGACUGAUCUGACUCCGCUGACAUUCUGACAUUUCCUCCUCCAUGUGAACCCCCCUUCAGCUCUGCCACUGUCACCUAGAUUUCAUGGUUUUGUCAGAGAAAAUGUUCCUUCGUGUUUGUCGAAUGCCGGGAUUAACGCCGUUUUAACAAAAGCAGAUUAAUGAGGUUAUUUUUGUACAUUGGUUGUGGCUGUUUUAAUGUUUGUUUUUAUACGAUAUACUGUUGUUUUUCUUGUUGUAGGCUGUUUUAAAUGGCUUUGAUUUUUUUCCAUUCAUGACAGAGGCUCAUAGUCUCUCAUUGUGAGAACAUGAAACCACUAAGCAUUUGUCUCUUAGAGGAUUAGUCUUUGCGAUGUUCCUCUACAAGUUGCAAAAACGCCUUUCUGUCUUAACACGGCUACAGGCAAUUAAAGCAGGUAAGUCAGAAUUGAUAGAGAGGGAAAAUUUGGCAUCUAGCAUUGGAUGAAGCCCACAAAAGACAUAAUGCACGCUUGUCUCCGUGCUUUUCUGUAAGACCUAGUCAAAUUAAAUUAGGACGUGCUGGCAUAAUCUGCAGUAUGUCUUUUAAAACUGCCAGUGUAAGACUCGUUAUGUAUUUCUAGAGCAUGAUCUAUUAGAUGACACUGUACAACACAGAGCUCAUGCCACUACAGUAUAUAUCAGCCCUGUACGUUAGCCCCGGAUGUAAAUAUGCUGAUUUUACAACUGCUGUAACUUACUGUUAUACUUUACCUCUUGUAAUCACAUUGACAGUUUCAUUGCCAUUGUGAAUUGCCUAACAACCUAUGAUCUGUUGUGCUCAUUUAAGGACAAUACCCUCCAGCCAUAUGUUAUUCAUUCUCUCAUGUUUGAUAGGUUUUUCUGCCUCUGUGAAAUGCCGGAGCAGUGUCAAUUUGAUGUAAAUUUGUGUUUUUUGUCAGUAUGGUUUUCAUAUUUUAUUUGCAUCUUGUAGUAAGACACAUUUUUUCCGUAUGAUCUUCUUUUUAUUGGAAGGAGUAUAAAGUAUUCCCUCUUAUCCAUGGAAGCACUCCCAGUAUAAGCCACAGCGCUGGUAAAGGAAGAAUACACAUGCAGUAAUUGGGUUUUGUCUGCUGUGAAGAAUUUUGAGACCUAGAAGCUAUUUUUUAUUAUUUUUUUUGCCACCGCCGACAUAUUAUUUCUGUAAUAUCCUCCUAAUCCUUCUCCUGUGCUACAGCUGAAUAUCUGAGCGGUGGAAAUGUAUGCUCUGGAAAAAUGGUGUAUUUGAUGUUGUGUUCUGCUGGGGGGCACUAUCUGAUACCUGCCAGCCUUGUCCUGUGGAGUUUUCUGCUACAUGUGAAAGCACUCUAAAUAUCUAUACAAGGUGGUGCACUAACUUCUCUUUAUUCUCGAAAUCAACUAUUUUAUAAAAAAAUAAAAGAGUGUCACAAAAUCCCA